UCUAGUUUGGAAACACAACAUCCAAGAUACAUAGGAGAAGCCAUUGAGCCGAGUUCUUGCUACCAAUUUAGAGGCCGACGAUAGGGUAUUCAGCGGGGUGAGCAAGCAUGAGCAGCAACGCCGACGUGACCAUGACCUGCCCGCCGCCGUCCCAGGGGAAGCUCAUCACGGUGCUAAGCAUCGACGGCGGCGGCAUCCGCGGACUCAUCCCGUCCACCAUCCUCGGCUGCCUCGAGUCCAAGCUCCAAGAGCUGGACGGGCCGGAUGCGCGCAUAGCAGACUACUUCGACGUGAUCGCCGGGACAAGCACGGGCGCCCUGGUCACGUCGAUGCUGGCGGCGCCCGGCGAGGACAAGCGCCCCCUCUUCGCCGCCAAGGAGAUCAACAAGUUCUAUCUGGACAACGGGCCCAGGAUCUUCCCGCAGAAGAAGAGCUACGGUUUCCUGACUCCGGUGACGACAUUAUUCGGCGCGAUGAGAGGUCCCAAGUACGACGGCAAGUUCCUGCAUGACAAAAUCAAGAGCCUCACCAACGAUGUUACCGUGGCCGACACUGUCACCAACAUCAUCGUGCCGACGUUCGACAUCAAGUUCCUGCAGCCGGUAAUCUUCAACACGUACGAGGCCAAGGCGGACCCGCUCAAGAACGCCCACCUAUCCGACAUCUGCAUCAGCACGUCGGCGGCGCCCACCUUCUUCCCCGCGCACUUCUUCAAGACCCAGGAUCCAUCGGGCAAGGUCCCCGACCGUGAGUACCACCUUAUCGACGGCGGCGUGGCCGCUAACAACCCCACCAUGGCCGCCAUGUCCAUGAUCACCAAGGAGGUGCUAUGCCGGAACCCAGACUUCAACCACGGCAAGCCCGCCGAGUACGGCAACUACCUCAUCAUCUCCAUCGGCACCGGCUCUGCCAAGCAGGCGGAGAAGUACACCGCGCCGGAAUGCGCCAAGUGGGGCAUCCUCAAAUGGCUCAUCGACGGCAACUUCAACCCUCUCAUCGACAUAUUUGCACACGCCAGCGCUGAUAUGGUCGACAUCCACGCCGCCGUGCUCUUCAAGGCUCUCCGAGUUGAGAAGAACUACCUCCGUAUCCAGGAUGACUCGCUUGUUGGGCCCACAGCGUCAGUGGAUGUCGCCACCAAGAAGAACAUGGAGGCGCUCAUCGAGAUCGGUGAAAAUUUGCUCAAAAAGAAGGUGUCCAGGGUGAACAUCGACACCGGGAUGUACGAGGUCGUCGAAGACGAGGGAACUAACGAGGAGGCUCUCGCCCGCUUCGCCAGGAAGCUCUCCCAAGAACGUAAGCUACGCCAAGCCACCCUCAAUUCCUACUAGUAAAGACGAAGCAGCUGCAGCAGCAGCUAGCACAAAAAAAAAAUGUUGGAUCGAUCGAUCAAGAGUGGUAAUAUUGUAAUGUAAUGUGAAUGAGUGAUUAGUUGUUGUAAACAUUCAUUUUUCUUGAGUAAUUAAGUAGCAAAGGGCCAA